AUGGAGGAGGAAGCGGACUCUCCGCUCCUUCGCUUUCUGAUCGACCUUCUCAAGCCCAUAUCGGAGGCGGAUCCGGCGCUGCUGGCGAACUACGUGGUGGCGCUGCUGAAGAACAGCAAGCCGCACGACGAGCUGCGCCGCCUCUGCCUCGACCAGCUCCAGGACUUCCUCACCGACGAGACGGAGGGUUUUGUAGCGAAGCUGUUCGACGCCCUCGAGCGCGGGGAGAUCUCGCUGGAAGACGCGGAGGAGGAGACCGCGGGGGAAGACGACGACGCGGACAAGAAGCGCAGUCGGGGGGACGACGCGGAACCCGCGGAAACGAAUGAGUCUGCGAGGGACGGGGGACGAGGCGGAGGGAGGAGCGGAGGCAGGCGGGGAGAUGGCGGGCAGCGGGGCGCGGAUGAGGAGGGGGAUAGGGGGAGAGGGGGCAAGAGAAGUGGCACGUCGCGAGAAAGGGGGGUGAGGGAGAGGGCAUCGGGGGAUGAGGAGAAGGAGCGGGACGAAGAUAAGGGUAAAGGUGGGGAGAGGGGCGAGAGGGAGUCUUAUCCCGCGGCUGAAGCGGAGGCGGAAGAGAGGGCGGAAGCAGGCGGGGAGGAGCGGGAGGAGGAGGAGGAAGGGCGACGGAAGCGGCACGAGGAGGACGAAUCGAGCGAUGACGACGACGACAGGAACCACAAGCACAGGCGGAGAGGCGGCGAGCGCACGUUCCGCGACGAAGGCGCGGCGGGGGAAGGAGCGCGCAGCAGAGAUCCCGCGGAAGGGCGCGGUAGCGUGCACUCGCGCCUAGAGGGCGCGCGGGAUAGAAGAGGAGGUGACUUCAGCGGGGGUGGCGCAGGCAGGUCGUUCCGCAGCCGCGACGGCCCCCGUUCCUUCAGGCCGGGGGAUGGGGGCGGCAUGGGCGGAAGGGGAGGGCCCAUGGGGCGGGAUUUUCCCCGCGUGGGGGGACCUGGUCCGGGGCAGCCGAUUCUAGGUCCACAGAUGGGCAUGCCGCGGUUCCCCAUGGGGGGAAUGCCAGGGGGAAUGGGGGGGCGCGCGGGCCUCCUCAGGGGCAUGCCUGGGCGCUUUGAUGGGGGCCCGGGGAGGGGCAUGGGGGGAGAGCAGUGGGGCAUGGGGGGAGCAGCGGGCGCAAUGCCUGGUAUGUUACCCAGCCGGGUCGGGCCUGGGAUCCCUCCCCCCGGCCUCCCUGGGGCGCCUAUGCCUGGCGCGGGAAUCGCAGGGGCAGGUCCGGGCAUGGGGAACGGCAUGGGCGGGGGCAUGGGGAGGGGGUUCUUCCCUGGGAGGGGCGGGGGAGGGGGUCCGGGGCUUAUCAGACCAGGGUUCGGCGCAGGGGGGCCGGGGUUUGGAAUGUUCCCAGGGGGCGGGGGCGGGGGAGGGAUGCCGGGAAUGGGCGGGGGAAGGAUGGGCGCAGGCGGAGGGGGAAGGGGCGGGAGGGGAGCAGGCGAGGAAGGGGGUGCGGGAAUGGUGGGCGGAGGGGGAGCAGGUUCGGGGGGGCCCACGGGGAAGCGCGCGCGGUGCCCUGACUUUGAGGAGAAGGGGUUCUGCCUGAAGGGCGACCUGUGCCCGCUGGACCACGGCAACUACCGCAUCGUUGUGGAGGACAUGCAGUCCCUGCAGCAGCUCAACCUUCCUCUCCCGCCACAAUCCCUCGGCAUGCCGCCAAACUCGGCCGCCCAGCCGCCGCCCAGCCAGCUGGCCGGCACACGGCGACCGAGAGCAGAAGGCGGCAGGGGCGGCAGAGGAAGAGGAGGGGAAGGAGGGGGACGAGGAGGAGGCGAGAGCGGGGCAGGGGAAGGCGGGGAGGAGCAGGAGGGGGUGGGGGUAUCGGCAGCAGUGGACGGGGGGGGAGGGGUGAUGGCAGACGAGGGGGAGCAUUACGACCCGGACGAGGCUCUAUGGGUGCAUGACUCAAAGAGGGCCAAGGGCAUGAGGGAAGCGCGGGCGUACGGGGGCGAUGGGGCGGACGGGAACGGGCGCAUGCCGGGGGGCAGGCGGGGUGCGCCUGGGGAGGUGAGCGUGUGGGACCGGAUUGGGCCUGCUGGUGCUGGUGGGAGGGGCGGGGGAGGGAUGGGCGGUGGUGAUGGGGGCAUGGGGGCAGCAGGUGGGGAUGUGGGGAUGGAAUACACUCCUGACGGGGGCUUUAACAUGGGGUACAAUCCGCAGUUCCCAGGGAAUUUCGGGGGUGGAAUGGGGCCGGAGUUUGGAGGGAAUGGAGCGGGGGAGGAAGGACCGGGCAUGGGACCGGGCAUGGGACCGGGCAUGGGACCGGGAGGGUAUGAGAGGAGAGGGCCACCAGGGGAAGGGGGCUGGCAGGGGGGACAGGGGCAGCCCGGGCGGGGGGGCAGAGGAGACUGGGGGGGGAGAGGAAGAGGGGAAGGGGGCAUGGGCGGGAGAGGCCGUGGGGGAGGCAGCGAGCGGAACUCCGACCAGAAAGCCCACAUGACCGUCUUUGUGAACGGCAUUCCGUCAGAGCUCACAGCAGGCAAGGGCCUUCAAGCAUCCCUGAUCAAGCACUUCUCAAAGUUUGGUCCCGUGGUGGAUAUCAAGGUGCAUGGGGACAAGGGCCGUGCGUUUGUGCAGCUGGGCGCGAGGGAGCAUGCAGCAGCGGCCAUAGCAGCUCCAGAUGCGGUGCUGGGGAAUAGGUUUAUUAAGGUGUUCUGGGCUAACUUUGAUCUUCAACCUGAUCCUGCCUCUGCUGCUGCUGCGGCAGCGGCGACUGCCGCUGCAGCGGCUGCUGCGGCUGGUUCGGUCGGGGAAGGAGGCCCGGGAGCAGGGACAGGGGUGGAGGGUGGGAAAGGGAGCGGCAAGGGUGAUGCUAGUGCUGGGAAGGGUGGGGCGAGUGCAGGGGGGUCAGCGGCAGCAGCAGCAGCAGUUGACCCAGCAGAGGCAGCAGCAAAGGCGAAGGCGAAGUUGGAGGAGUUGAGAGCGAUACAGAAGAAGAAAGAGGCGCUGCUGCGGGAGCAGAUUGAGAAGCGCCGGCUGUACCUGGAGCGACUCAAAGAGGCCAGCCAACAGAAACAGCCCUCUGCUGCUGCUGCUGCUGCUGCUGCUCCAGGUGCCUCCCCAGGUGCUGCUUCAGGUGUUUCCACGGCAGCAGGUGGCAGCGCAGCGCAGGCAGCAACAGGCAGUACAGCAACUCCUGCUGCAGGUGCCACUACAGGUGACGCUGGGGCAGCACGUGUGGGGGCAGGAGCAGCAGGGGCGGAGGGAGCAGCAGCAGGAGCAGCAGCGGCAGUGGCAGCAGCAGCAGCAGGGGGCAAAGCAGUGGGCGCGUCUCCCAGUGCCCCGUUUUCCCCUCACUCUCCUGCCGGCCCAGCACCCUACAUGGGCGGCAGAGGGAGAGGGCGGGGCGGGUACGGUGGUUAUGGAGGCGGGUACCACUACGGGUGGAGCGGAGGGGGAGGGGGGGCGGGAGCGGGUGGGGGCGCGUGGGGGAAUAAGUUCAAACUGGACAAUCGCACCACCGUGGUGCGCGUCACACCGCCCAUUCCUGACGCCAUCACUGAGGCCAGCAUGCUAUGGGAGCACUUCAGUGCGUGUGGGGAGGUGGUGAGCGUCGAGGUGGAGGGCGGCGGCACAGCUGUCACGCCGACCAGCGCCGUCCGCGUGCGCUUUGCAUCUCGUCCCGUAGCGGAGUAUGCGUAUAUGAACGGGAGGGUGCUGGCGUCAGGUGCAUCUGAGGCAGGUGCAUCCACAACAGGCGCUGUGCUGGAUGCGCUGUGGCGAGAGGUGGAGAGGGCUUGGGGAAGGGGAGGAGGAGAAGGGAGCGCGGGAGGGGAGAGCAUUCCUUUCUUUGGGUGCGUGGUUGGUGGCAGCAUGGCGCAUGGGCCAUGGGGCGGCGAGGGGGAGAUCAUGGGGGAGGCACUCACAGGUAGAGUAGGCCGUAGCGAUGCGCAUGGCAUGGGGAACCACAGCAGGGAUGAUGCUGAUGCUGAUGAGGGUGAGGGGGAGGGGGAGGGAGAGGGAGAGGCAUUGGAGUGGGAGGAGGUGGUGAUGGCGGCGGCAGCGGACGAGGUGAUAGAAGGCGUGGUGCUGCUGGAGCUGAUUGAAGACGCUGACCACAUCAUCCGGGAAAUGGCCGCUUUCGCCCCGCACGAGGAGGGAACGCAGCUGGGCGAGGAGGACACGCAGGAGAGGCACGAGGCAGGGAAGGUGACUGGGGAGCUCAACUGCGGCCAGUUCAGCCCUGCGGCUUCCCCUGUGACCGCCUCCUCUGUUCUCUCCGCUCCUCCUUUCGCAGAACCCUCUAACUCGUUUGCUGAGUCUAUCCGAGCAAUCACAGAGGGCCACGUGGCACAAUCUGAGGGCGCGGUUACCCAGCGCCUGGAGGCAGCUUCCAGGAGAUUUCUGGGGCUUGCAGAGGGCCUGCAGACGCGUUUAGAGGCGCCUCAGUACAAGCUGCAGGGGCUUGCGGACUCCAUACAAGAGCGAAUCUGGCCCAACAAUGGAACCGUGCAAGGAAAAGAGUUGCUGUCAGCAAGAGGAGCUGUUUCGUCUAGAGGGGAUGGUGUGACUGAGAGGCUGGAGGGGAGAGGAGAGGAAGAGCGGGAGGUGGUGGUGGUGGUGUGCGCUGCUGCCAUGCCCAGUGUGGACGUGCAGGCCUUUGAGGUUGAGGGAGACGCGUUUCCGGAUCUGGGCGGCAACAUGGCGCACAUGGUGACAAGCAACGCUGCCCAUUUUGUGGUUGCAGGGACGGGAGGCCCCUCACUGCCCAGGCUCCUCACGCGCCUGCACACCAUCUUCCCCCACUCCUCCAGGGCAUCGCUGCUCUCCCACAACCAUGCUGUCCACAUGCACCGCGCCUGCGCGGCAUCGCCCCCAAAUGGCUCCACUGCCGGCCUCUGCUUCUCCCUGAGCCCCUCUGCGGAGCAGCAGAGCAGCGAUGCCCUGCAGGCGUGCUUCACGCACUUCAUCCGCCACCUCACCCUCCCCCUCACCCCCGCCACGAGCCUCUGUGCCUCCUCACCUCCCUCGCUCACCACUGCAUCUGCUGCUCUAAGCAUGGACAUGCCUGCAAGGGGAAUUGCACCCCCUGCCCCCUGGCUUCGUGUUAACAAUCCGUUGGGAGCCUCUUUGCAUGCUUUAACCCUCUGCUCGUCGAUAAGAGCAGCAGCGUCGAGCGCGGAGGGCGGAAGCAGCGGCGUGUCCGUCGCACAGGCAGCUCCCGUGAAUGGAGCAUCUGAGCCGACCGUUUCGGCCGAGUCAGGCGGAGCGGGAUCGAGCGAGGGGAAGGCUGCUGUGAGAAAGCGUCUCGUUUCAGGCGUCCAGCCGACGGGAAGCAUUCAUUUGGGAAACUACUUGGGCGCAAUCAAGAACUGGAUCCCGCUGCAGGACGAGUGUGACACAUUCCUCUUUGUGGUCGACCUGCACGCAAUCACGCUACCCCAUGACGUGGAUGACCUCUCACGCUCAUCCCGCACAGCAGCAGCCAUGUACCUGGCGUGCGGGGUGGACCCCUCCAAGGCCACCGUGUUUGUACAGUCGCACGUACGAGCACACGCGGAGCUGACGUGGCUGCUGUCGUGCACGACGCCCAUGUCAUGGCUCAACAAGAUGAUUCAGUUCAAGGAGAAGGCGCGCAAGGCGGGCGAGGACGUGGGAACAGGGCUGCUCACCUACCCGCUCCUCAUGGCGGCAGACAUCCUCCUCUACCAGUGUGACGUGGUGCCAGUGGGCGAGGAUCAGAGGCAGCAUCUGGAGCUCACCAGGGACGUGGCUGCACGGAUCAACAACCUCUAUGGCGGCCGCAAGUGGAAGAAGCGCGGAGGGCGGGGCGGCAGGGUGUUCAAGGUGCCAGAGGCCAUGAUCCCCCCUGCUGGAGCUCGCAUCAUGUCCCUCACAGACGGCACUUCCAAGAUGUCCAAGUCAGCCCCGUCGGACAUGUCCCGAAUUAACCUGCUCGACCCUCCUCAAGUGAUAGCCAACAAGAUUAAGCGCUGCAAGACUGACAGCUUCACCGGCAUGGAGUUUGGCAAUCCGGAGCGUCCCGAGUGCCAGAACCUGCUGUCCAUCUACCAGAUCGUCACCGGGAGAACCAAAGAGGAGGUGGAACAGGAGGUGGGGGCGCUGAGCUGGGGGCAGUUCAAGCCGCUGCUGGCAGACGCCCUUGUUGCUCACCUAGAGCCAAUCCAGAAACGGUACGAGGAGGUGACAGCAGAUGCAGCAUAUCUGGAUGAGGUGCUGGCAGGGGGAGCAGCACGAGCCAAUGAGAUAGCUGACCGCACACUAAAGGACACAUAUGACGCAUUGGGAUUUUUGGCCCCUCCACGUAGAUAA